UAUAAAUGCACUUGCAUAACUUCAGAUUCAAGCCAUUCAAACCUUCCUGUGCUGGGCUACCUAGAUAUAACUACAACAGUUAAAAGAGAUAAAAUUGCUUUUCAAACAAUUGGCAGGAGGUUUCAUUCCUGUGUUUCCAAAGGAGAGGGGGAAAAAAAGAAAGCAUGAUGGCUGUUCCAGGGCUCAUUGUGAUGAUCUGGUGCAUCAUGUCAUUUUCUUCAGUGCAGGCUGUCCUCCAAUGUACAGACUUAAACGACACACCCUCGCACAUUACAAACAUGAGGGUGAAUCUGAGAAAACUAGAGAUGACCUGGGAGAGCAGUCUCAAUGUUACCCUAUUCUCAUGUACUCUGAAAAAGGACGAGGAUUUUCUCAUUCUUGAUGUCAAUAAUACAAGCUGCAGGUUUGAAAAUUCAGUAGUUCUACCCCUACAUAAAGGACUACUGUUUAUAGUUGCAGCAGUCUACAACAAUAAUACAUAUUCAAGACAAUGCAGGUUUAUUCCUCAAGGCAUGAAUGGAACAUCUGUGGAAAAUUUCUCCUGCAUGAUUUACAACCUUUCCUUCAUGAAUUGCACUUGGAAUGCUGGGAGAAAUGCUCCAAAAGAUACCCAAUAUUUUCUUUAUCAGCAGUUCUCAAAGUCAAAAGAUGAGAUAGAAUGUCAGCAUUACAUAAAAGAUGCUCAUGGAAGACAUACUGGAUGUAUAUUUCAACAAGUUGACAAACAUAGUGAGGUUUAUUUCCUGGUGAAUGGGUCCAGUACAGAAUCAGAGAUUCAGUUUUAUGAUGAGUAUGUCGAGCCGUAUAAAACUGAAAUUCUCCCCCCUCCACUUAAUAUCACUGUAAAAUGUGUUGAAGAUCCACCACGUUGUAUAGUGCAAUGGAAAGAGCCCUUCAAGCAUAACAGCUGUCUUGAAUAUGAAAUUAACAUACAAAGUAAAGGAAAUGAGGUUGAUCCAAACAAAGGAAGCAAAGAUCCUCCCAUAAUUGUAGACCAGGAAACCUACACAUUUGAAAACUUCAAUGUGAAGAAAAAAUACCUCCUGCAAAUCAGAGCCCAUUCAAAUGCGUGUCUCUUAAGCGAAAAAUGGGGGGAGUGGAGCAAACCAGUUGAGUUUGGUUCCGAAGAAUAUAUGUCCAGUCUUACAAUAACAUUAAUCUUUAUAGCACUUGGAACAAUCCUAGUGGUAUUGUUUGUCUGUUUUCUCUGCAAAAGGUACUGUAAUUUGAAGAAAAUAUUUUCUCCAGUACCACAACCAAGAAAUAAAUUUAACAUUCUUUUACUUGAUGAACAACCUAUGCAGAAAGACUAUGUGGAUACAGAAAUCAAAUAUGAAAGUGAAGAAAUAGAAAUAAUUGCUGUCGAAGAAAUGGCAUUGCCUCCCAAAGAAAAAUGAAGCAUUUGGAUUCCCUAAUUCAAACACUAGCAUAAACUUUUGGCAAGUCUAGGAUAUUUUGUAUGACUUUUCACACAUUCUCCUUAGUUUUCACAUGGAUGGUAGCACUGAGUACUGUACUGAUUUAGCUUGUCUGUCACUUUCAUUGAAUAUAGGUUGCUUUUAGCGGUGUCAAAUUUUAACUUUUUCAGCUAAAAUUUUCUGUUUGGGAUUUCUACCUCAAUGUGAAUAUCCCCUCUACAUUUCAAUGACAAAUUUUCAGUAAUUUAUUGGUAUGUCUUUAGGGGAAAAGAUAUGUUGUUCUGCCUACUUAAAAAAGAAUCCUGUGGAAAUAUCAGAAUCAGGAACCUAAAUUCCACCUACAACCUGCUUUAGGGCAUGGAAGUCCUUUAUUGAACCUUGUCCUAAGUGACUGUUAUGGAACUAGCUGUAUGUCCUUCCACCAGAGAGAGUCUCUCUGCGUGCACCCAUUCAGGAGUCAGGCCUUGUGCUUUUACCUCCUAGACCAGGAUCUGGCUACCAUUUUCUGGCUAUCAACCAUUUUUAGUUGUGGCCCUUUUUUAAUAACUUCAGAAAAAUUAUAUUAAAAAAGGUUGACUUUGAAGCCUUUCUUUGAAUAACUCUAGAGACGAGGAAUGCCAGAAUAAAAGUUCCCGAUUUACCUUUAACUUGCCUUCCAUGUGUGCCUUUUUCCACUCCUAGUCUGGAUGCUGCUCAAUGAAUGGGUAGCUCUUCAGUAUUUUAUUUAAGCCUCAUUAUUCCACAUGUCCUUAUAGCUUUGUGCCUUCCAAGCAUUAAUGAACUCAUCUGCACAAAAGCUCUUGAGAAGCAGGCAUAGAGUAAUCUCAUUUCUUUUACAGAUGAGAAAUUGAAAGAAAUGAAAGCGGAGCAGCUAAAAUUGUCGACUACCUGCAGCUUGAGUGCCUAGGUCAAUGGUCUUCAACUUUUUUGAGAUUCAAGGCACCCCUCAGAAAAUGGCCACUCUUAGCUGUCACUCAUUUUUGUUGCAAAAAAUUCAGACAGAACACAAAAGAGGUCAGCAUGUUUUUAAGACUGUGAAUUCCUAUUUGAAAUCUGUUUAUCUUGUGAAUUAGGUUUGCACACCUAAAAGUGCUUACAUUGCGUGGCACCUUGCAGCACACCUAGAAGGAUCUCAGGACACCCUAGGGGGCCAUCACACUAUGGUUGAGAAUCACUGGCCUAGCUUGAGAUAUCUAGGGUCCAGUUGUACUACAUACAUCUGCACUCCCUUUGUGCAAUUAAAACUGGGUUAGCACAUACAUGGUUCGUAUAAAAAAAAGUGGCUCAAUAGGUACAGAUGGAAUGUUCACGAUUAAAAUUUAAAAAAUAAAUGAAAGGGAGAAAGAUGGUAUUUAUAUACGUUUAAAGGCUAGCUUUAAAAAUUGCCUGAUAUCUUAAUUUUAAAGAAUAUUUUGUCUUUUAUACCUUUUCAGGUAUUUCAUAUGGUUCAAAAUAUAAAUCAUAUCCCUUUUAUGGCCUUUAGCCUACCUCUUAUAUGUUCCAUUAUAAAAAUAAUGCUGGGGUUUGUUUUCCACUCUUUUUACUCAUUUUUAGUGUGAAUGUCUGGACAUCUUGGGCAUCUAUACAUAUGCUUUGGAGUGGAGGUGGGGGGAGUGCUUCAAAAUGGCUACGGGGCAAUUUAACUAAAGCUUGUUUGAUGAGCUUUACUUAAAGCACC